AUGUCCGCCAUAUUGUUGCGACGGAGCUUUGAUAACUCGUACGUAUUUGAGAUAUUUCACCGACCCAUAUUUCACGUACAAGUUAAUAUUUACUUUCGUUUCCGUUGGGAAGGUACCCGUAUUUUGUCUUUAACAAUGUCCAACGACGUGGUAGCCACAUGGCAGGUGGCCCUACCUGAUGGAGUCCAUGACAUUGAGUUUGAACAUGGGACAACAUCUGGCAAAAGAGUCAUCCGAGUGGACGGAAAGGAGAUCUAUAAGGUAGACUGGAUGUUCAAGUUAGUCGGCAAGGAACACUUUCAGGUAGGCCACAGCAAGGCCAAAUGUACAAUCACUAUAGACGCUGUCAGUGGAUUUGCUUAUGAAUACACACUGGAAGUCAAUGGGAAAAGUUUGAACAAGUUCCGCGAGAACCAGAGCAAAGUUCAGAAGGCGUGGGUUCUGACCAUUGCAGGGAACCCCAUCAGGGUGUGCUUGGAAAAAGACACACUGGAUGUUUGGGUGAAUGGAGACAAAGUGGAAACAUUUGGAGAAUUUGGGGAAGAAGGAACAGAGACUCAUUUCCAGAUCGGGGCUCACUCUGCCCACAUCACCGCCAUUAGCAGUGGGCGGCGGCGCGACGGAAUUCUACAUAAACUGUUCGUAGACGACACAGAAAUCCCAGAAUGCAGCGAUUGACCUAGCUUAUGACCUAAUAGAGAGAUAUGAUGCUUUUUAAAGCUGAUUUAUUUUAUUUCAUUCCAGAAUUUCUUUUUCAGGAGAAUUUAGAUUUGGUUUGAUAGUUAGAUUUAUGUUUUUUUGAUAUACCAUUCCGUCCAUAUACACUGUACCCUACACUAUUGUAAUGUGACAUCAGCAUUUUUGUUCGAAUAUCAUUUACUUUUUUUUCGUGAUUGCAUGCAUUUUUCUCAGUCAUAAUCUAACAGUUUUUUCAUUAUAAUUUUAUGUAUCACUCUCUUUUGUUUUUAUGGUGGAAUGUAUCAAAGUUAAUUCUUUCUUAUUAUGUGAAAACAAAGUUUUGCGAUGGUUUUGUUCCUACAAAAAUACCUCCACUUGUAGAUUGGUCAGAAGGGUAUUCAGCUUCAUGCAUACUUGUACAAUGUACUUUGAAAAAUGAGCAACUAUUAAACAGUUGUAUACUGUAGAUUCCUAUUUAAACACAAGGAAUUAAUAUCCAAGUAAAAUUGUGAGAAACACCCGGGCCCGUACAGAUAUUAAACUUUCACCUUUUUUAAGACAGUUGUAAAGUAUAUGAAAUUAUAACAAAAUUUUGGUGUUUGCGAUUUUAUAUUCUCGCAAUUUGAUUCAAAAUAGCAGAAUUGCAGAAUUAGGUUCUUGUGUAUAAUAAGGAAUCUACAGUCUUUUGUUCCUGUUAGAUAUGAACCACUUGUUGCAAUGAACCUGUGUGCAAUUGUGCAACAUAUCAGAGGCCAAAACACAUGCUAAAAAUGCUACAAUUACUACAACAGGUACCUCAUGAUAAUAUCCCAGGUGCUGUUUGACCAAUCUACACCAAUGGCGACAUAGCAUAUAUUGUGCCUCCUAACAUGUUUCGAAUCUUUUGAUUAAAUUUGUGCCUCAUUUUUAUGAUGUAAUUUAGAUUUCUUGGGUUGAUAUUUGCCAUAUGUAUGUGUGUAUCUGUUUAUUUUGUUAUACACAUUCAGUGUAUUGAUUAAUUAUUUGAUAGGAUAAUACAUAUUUUGUAAGGACUCGCAUAUAAUUACGGUAAGAAAAGUAAUUUGUCAAUCAUUUUGAUACACAAAUAUCUGUAUAAGCUAUAAAUUCCAACAUUCCAAAAUAACCAGAUAUACUUUAAUAGCGAUUAUGUAUGUACAGGUACAUGUAUUUUGUAUGUAUGUACAUGUAUUUUGCUAGACAAAAAGGUUAUUUCUGAUUCUUUCUUUUGUUCAGAAUAAUAAGAAUGUGCUUAUUUAAAGCUCUUGUGUUUGGUGGUUAUAAAUAAAAUAGAGAAGCACAAUUUUUAGUUGAUUUAGUCCUGAUUAAUAAACAAGCCACCUUGCCCUAUUAUGGCCAAUGUGUUAGGACCUGUCAACAUUGCUGUGACUUGAUCUCAAAUUUUGAACUGCCCCUGUAUCCAUUCAUGUUCUAAGCAAGAAAAUUUAGUUGUAAAAUUUCAUGUACAUGUUUUCAUUUAUGAAAAUUUCUUGCUUUGAUGCCCAGUUAUACUUGAGUAGAUCUGCAUUUUAUUUCAGUCUUGAAAGAAUUAUUGUAUUGAAUUUUUUAUUUCUGUGAUCAACAAUAUUUAUGCUCAUAUUAAAAUCAGAAAAAUACUGUAAAUUUAUCACAUCAUCAUUUUUGUUUUGGCUGUAUAGUGACAAUCUAUGAGAUUAUCCCGACAUUGUGCGUAUAUCCAACCAUUUUCUUAGCACUCUGCAUGCAUGGAUCUGCAGUAUCUUUACAAUAUUAUUUGUGAUAUUUAUCAACUGAAGGAUCUUGUUGUCACAUAUGUAUCUGUGAUUCUUAAAUGAUUUUGUUUGAUUAUACAACCCUUUCUAUGUAGUUUUUAAUGUUUGAAAUAAAUAUAAAAAUAAAUUCA